AUGGCGUCGGGCGCCACGCGCGCGGCGGUCCUGCUCUAUCGCGCCUCGGCCGCGCAGGGCCACGCGCGCGCGAUCUACAACCUCGGGGCGUGCUACGAGCAGGGCAAGGGCGUGGGCGGCGUGGACGAGUGCAACGCCUUCAUAUACUACCAGAAGGCCGCGGCGAUGGGCUACCGCAAGGCCCAGUUCAACCUGGGGAACGCGUACCGGACCGGCAAAGGCCUCGAGGAUCGGGACCUGGGCAAGGCCAUCGACCAGUACCUGUUGGCGGCGAAGCAGGGCAGCGCGGAGGCGCAGUACAACUACGCCCUGAUGUAUUUCAACGGCAUGGGCUGCGCCGUCGACAAGCGCCGGGCCAUCGACUAUUGCAAGCUCGCCGCGGACCAGGGGUACGCCCCCGCGGUCAGGAAGCUGCCGAUCUGGCAGAUGAGCCCCGACCGCCAGCGCGCGGCGCGCGAGGCGCCGCCCUCGUCCGGCGGUCUCCGGGUCGCGGCCGCCGGCGCCGCGGUCGCCGCCGCCCUCCUGUGGUUCUGGUUCGCGUGA